GUUAGCAUUGACCCAUCUUCUUUGUAUAUUAGCGCUAGCUGAAAGAAGUUGACGUCGUGCUUUUGUGCUUCAACGCUGAUCAUAUUUGUGGUAAACUGCAGUUAGUACCGUAUGUGACACAUGUUGAUGAACACUGAUGCUGAUUUGUUAGCCCCUAAGACCUGUUCCACUUACCCUCAGACUUCUGUGAGGUUGUUUUUUUUUUAACCCCAGCACAUUCCUGUGUACUAUACAUGACCUUGAUUUUAAAGUGUGACCUUGAAGCCUGUCUAGAUGAAAGAGGUGAUAAUGGGAAGACAACACGUGAUCGCUCACUCCUUUGUUGCUGCACUUAAAGGACUAUUAUCUCUCCAUUAUAACGUAACUGAUCAGUCAGGUGAAUUAGUUCUCGGGCGGGAGUUAAUCCUCCUUCUCCUCCGCGCUGCUGAUGCUCCGUGUUGCUGCUGCUGCUGCUGCUGUUGCUGCCUCAGGUCUACUUUAAGAGAAAUCUCUUUAAGAGAGGGCGGUCCCUGCAGCGCAACCAAUGAGUCGCCUCCACUGUUUAAAUAGUCCUUGAUGUCAACUUCUUCACUCACAGCUCCCUGUAACGCCAUGUUGGCUGUUAUGGCUUGACUUGUUGUUUUCAUCAGUCUUACACACGGACCUGACAGGAGUGGCUCACUUGAACGCCCCUUCUUCCUCCGGAGAACCUUUAUUCCACUUUUACGCGUACGCGUUUUGGAUGAUACGCGUGGAGCAUGCGUGCGUCAUCCCUUUGACUUCACAUUUUAAAGGAGUACUUGUUGGAAAUAGCGACUUUGGGAAGCUUUGGUUGUUCUGUGCGGUGCAUUCGGUGUCUUUUUUUCCCUCUUAUGUGCAUCAAAAUGUCAGAUGUUCGCCUUUCUAAUGCGAGCCCGACAUUGGAGAGGGUGGAUGCGCGGCAGCAGGACAACGUCAGACCGCCAGUGCGCAGAAGCCUGUUCGGCAAACCUGAUCCAGCGGAGAUACGGAGGAGUCUGGAUGAUUUAGUGCAAGAGGGAGUGCAGACGCUCCGGGACAACUACAACUUCGACCCGGUGGAAGACAGACCGCUGAGUCCGCGCAAUUUCGAGUGGCAGGAGGAUCGAAACCCGCCGGAGUUUUACGUGAGACCGCCGCACCAGCGGCCAGAGAGAGACGAGGACUCGCCCGUGGAGAGUCCGCGGGAGGAUGCCGCUGAGAGGAGUCUCCAGCCGGGCACGAACCGAGCCAGGAAACGACGCUCUGGAGACUUAGGUUCCUGCUCCACUGAGUCUCAGGGUGCAAAAAAAUCGCAUACCGACGAAGAUGAUGAUGAUGAUGGUGGUGGUGAUGAUGAAGAUGACGGUGCAGGGAGUCAGGUUUUAGGAGCCCUGCAGGAGAAUGGAAGUUCCGUGGUCGUGUGACAAACCGCAGCAGAGACAUGGAGACCUGUUGCUGGUGUAUCAUCAUCUGAUGGACAGAGACAGAGAAAAAUGUCAUGAAAAAAAAAAAAAAGAUCGACAGCAGAAAAAAAAAAAGAAAAAAAAAACAAACAACAGCCUUUUUUCCGGAGAGGUGGAGAAGAAGAAGAAGAAGAAGAAGAGGCUGCACAAGCACUGAAUAUGUACACUAUCAAGUUUCGGCACUCGUUUUUUUUUUUUUUUUUUUUUUAAUUAAAUUGCCUCAGAAGCAGCAGACGAUGUAGCAGUGUGCAAAAGGAUUUUUUGCUCAACUUUUUUUUUCUUUCUUUUUUUUUUUUUUAAAUCUACUACCUAUGUUUCAGAUGUAGCACAUACAAAAAGCAUCAUAUGCUUUUCAUGACUUUUUUUUUGUUUGUUUUUAAUGUAUUUGAGUUAAGUGUGUGAAUUUGACUCGGGAAGUUGCAGUGCAAUUUUCAGCAGAGAAAUUAUUAUUUUUGUUGUACUAUCUUUCAGGUAAUUUGAUGUUAAGUUGCAAAUGCAGAUUUAAGAAAAAAAAAACAAACAACAACAAACAAACAAAAAAAAAACCAACAACAACAACAAUAUCAGGG